UCUAUAUCGCAACUAGAUAGUCAAAAUUCUCCAAUCUCCAUUGUAAUAGUUGUGCGGUUGUCGGUCUUUAAUUUCUUAUUAUAUUAUACAUUGUUUAUGAUGUCAUCUAAGAACGCUUCGAAGUGUGUAGUACAUGGCUGUAAAUCCAAAGGUUUGGAUAAUAUGACACCAGAUAUUGUUUAUACAACUAAAUUUAUAUGUGCCAUGCAUUUUACAUCAGACUGUACAAGUCCAGGCAUCAAGCGGCUUAAUGCAAAUGCAUAUCCGACUAUUAAUUUGCCAACAAUCAACAUUAGCACAUCCAACACAAUAGUAUCCCCUAAUGAUUUGGAUGUAGUGUCAAACAAUGACAAUGAACAUGUGUUGGAUACAUCAAAUAUAUCAGGAUUUCAUGUUUUAGAAACAUCAUUAAUUGAUGAAUCCAUAAUUGGUUUGCUUGAAGGCAUUGGUGUAAAAAAAUGUAGCUUGUUAACUCCUAAGUGCAGGAAACUCUAUUCGGUUGCUAAAACUGUUUUAAAAAAAUAUCGCCGUUCAAAAAGUUGCAAAAAUCUUUUUAAAUCACGUUUGCAAGCUGCUGAAAAGUUUGCUGACACUUAUUUGCAUCAAAAAUUAUCUGACAAACUCAAUGCGGCAGCUACACUUUUUACUAAACUUCAGCUACGUGAAAGAAAAAAGAAAAAUAAAGGUCAGCGAUUUACUCUGGAUGAGAAAAUGCUGAGCCUUUCCCUAUACAAAAGGAGUCCCAAAUGUUAUAGGUUUUCUCAGUUAUUUGUCUUGCCAAGUAAACGGACAUUGAAUAAUAUAUUGAGUUGUGUGACAAUUGGCCCAGGUAUUUGUCCUUUAAUGAUGGACGUCCUGAAAGACAAUGUUAAAAAACUAAAACCAAGUGAACGAUACUGUACGAUUUUGUUUGAUGAAGUGUGUCUAUCGAGUGGUUUAUCAUACAAUUCUGUUACGGACGAAGUAGACGGUUUUGUUCAUACUGGAAAAUCCAAGAACCAAAAUGUUGCAGAUCAUGCUCUUGUUUUCAUGAUUCGUGGUAUACAGAAAAAAUAUAAACAACCCAUUGCCUAUUCAUUUUGUCAGGGUGCAACAAAACAAGACAAAUUGGUUCGUCAGCUGAAAGAAGUUAUUCGUAAUGUUCAUGACACCGGGUUGCGGGUUUUAGCCACCAUUAGUGACCAAGGUACGGCAAAUGUAGCUGCCAUCAAUAUACUAAAACGUGACACAAGAGCAUAUCAACUUAAAAACAACAUGGCAUGUACCGAUGAAUUUUAUGAAGUUGAAGUUAAUAAUCUUCAUAGAUUAAGACUUGUACAUAUUUUUGAUGUGCCACAUUUAAUAAAGUGUAUUAGAAACAAUCUAAUCACUAAAGAUUUAAUUUUUUGUGUUGAUGGAGUACAAAAACGAGCGAAAUGGUCACAUAUACUGGAGUUAUAUAAUGAAGACUGCAAGAUACCGGACUGCAAAAUGUUGCCUAGGCUCUCAGACAAUCAUGUUAUUCCAGAGAAAAUAUUGAAGAUGAAAGUAAAGUGCGCAGCACAAGUCUUCUCCCAGAGAGUUUCAUCUACAAUGAAUUUUUUAUCAUCUAGAAAUAUUAUUAGCCCAGAUGCUGUAGAUACUGCCUUUCUCUGUCAGUUUUUUGAAAAUCUCUUCGAUUCUUUGAACGGCAGCUUUGACAAGAUUGUAGAUGGCAAAAAAUAUCUAACAGCAGUAAAAAAAAACUCGCCACACCAUGAGCUAUGGGAUCAAAGCCUAAAAAUCCUAAGUACAAUGCGUUUUAUUGACAAAAAUGGGAAAACGACGUCUGUUCCAACAAUAAGAAAUUGGAUUUCAACAAUAAAAAGUUUUCAAACGCUAUAUAAGGUUUUGCAGUCUGUGAAUAUUCGUUCAUUUUUACCAAGGCACAUAAAUCAAGACUCUCUUGAGAACUUCUUCGGAGCAAUUCGGUCGGUAGGGUCCACAAAUCCAAACUGCAAUGCUUUUAUAAUGGCCUACAAAACAUUGGUAUUAAACAAUUUGGUCUCACCACAAUCUCCGGUUGCCAAUUGUGAGGAAGACUUCACUGAAGGUAGCUUAUCUUCAUUUCGAAAUUUAUUCGAUAAAGCCAAACACUUCCAAACAAAGACUUCUACUGGUAUAAACACAGCUGCUGAUUUUUCAGAAACAACUAACCAAUUGUCACUUACUACAGCAUUUGUACAAGGACAAACAAAAACCUUUAUUGCAGGAUAUAUUUUAAAGAAAUUGAACAAAGACUUAUUUAAAAACUGCAAAUAUUGCCUUAGUCUCUUGUGUUCUACAGUCUCUACUGUUUCUAAUGACCAUGACCAUCAACUUAUCUCCGCUAGAGAGUACAAAUCUAGUUAUCAGUCAUUUAAUUGAAGUAUCCUUCAUUAUC